AUGCCGUCAAGCGCUUUUGCCCCCAGUGCCAGCUUCUCGCCCAUGUGGAUAUGUACGAAGUCAAUAAUCCUAAAUAAUGGUGCUGUCCAAAUAUUCUCGCUUUUGGCAUUUUCUCUCGCAACGCUUUCCGCUGCAUUGGAGCAAAUACAUUCAAGUGCGUCUGCAUUGAUCUUGGAACGUGAUGGGCUACACUCCAGGACGACGCUUUCGCCGUUGCCAGCUAGGCGUGAGGUAUUGUCUCUGCCGUCUCGUACCCUUUGUUUUGCAUACUUCUACCGUGCUGGACUCCUCGUAGUCUAUUUCCCAGACGGUGCACAGUUGCGACGACGGCUAAUUUCUCCUCUUUUCGCCCACGAUUUCGUCUUUAUUGCUCUGGUGCUGCGAGUCUUCGUCCUACCGCGGUGUAUAUCGCUAUUAAACAUUGUGUCUGCCUUUUCGCGUCUGAUGAUAGCGUUUAUGGGUGGUCGAGCUGCGCCAUCUGCUGGAUGCUUGCAUGCAAAAGGUUGUGGCAAAAAGCCUUUUUUUUCUGUCAACUCUCUCACAGCUGCAGGACCUGAGAUGACCUCCCUACCCCGACGUGAACAUCCAGAAAUUGAACGAGAUGAGGAAUUUAUCACCCUCGCACAUCCAAACCGUCAGUCUGUCGCGUAG